AUGGAGAAGCUGGGUUCCCCAGGACCUGCACACCCCUUGCAGGGUGAAGGGCCCGUUGCUGGGGUUUCUGUUGCCAAGACGGCAGGGGUUGUGGGAGAUGAGGAGGCGACGCUGCCCAGCUCAAAACUGUUUCGGUGUGCAUGUGUGAGGCGUUGGCUACCACUGGUCUACAGAGAAGAACUUCACGAAGUCUUACGACUCACAGGCCCACUGGUGCUGUCUCGCAUUCUGAGCUUUCUCCAGCAGUUUGUCAUCAGCAUAUUCUGUGGUCACAUUGGCAAUGCAGAACUGGCUGGAUAUGCGUUGGCUGUUGCGACCCUUCACGUGACCACAAUUGCACCAGGAUAUGGCCUUGCUGUGGCUUGUGACACACUCAUUUCUCAGACAUAUGGCGGGAAGAACUUGAAACGUGUGGGAGUAAUUCUACAGCGGAGCUCACUGAUCCUGCUGCUGUUUUGUGUGCCAUGUUGGGGUCUUCUCAUAAACUCUCAGAACUUACUGCUCGUCAUGCACCAAGAGGAUGAGGUGGCGAGAAUUGCCCAACUUUAUGUGAUGAUGUAUCUGCCAGCUAUCCCAGCCUUGUUCCUGCACCAGCUGCAGGUUUCCUACCUGCAAAACCAAGGGAUCAUUCUGCCUCAGAUGUACACAGCAGCAGUAGCAAACGUCCUUAACUUAGCAUUCAACUACGUGUUAAUCUUCAGCCUGGACCUGGGUGUUGUUGGAUCAGCAAUUGCGAACAGCCUCUCUCAGAUCACCAUCUGCCUGCUGUUGUUUGGCUACAUCAGGUGGAAGAAGCUCCAUCGGCAGACAUGGGGAGGCUGUACCACUGAUUCUCUACAGGAAUGGGGCUCUUAUAUGAAGUUGGCUCUCCCCAGUGCAUUAAUGAUCUGCUUUGAAUGGUGGAUCUGGGAAGUUGGAGGUUUUCUUGCUGGUGUACUUGGUGAGGAGGAUCUUGCUGCCCAGCACAUCAUAGCGGAAGUAGGAGCCAUAUCAUACAUGUUCCCUUUUGGUAUCCAUGCAGCUGCCUGUGUGCGUGUUGGGAAUGCUCUUGGGGCCGGAGACACUGAGAGAGCCAAAGUGACCUGCAAAGUGGCUCUAAUUAUGGCAGGAAGUUUUGCUGUGCUCCAGAGUAUUGUCAUUGCAAGCACUAGGUCUGUAAUGGGCUACAUAUUCACCUCAGAUAGCACAAUUGUGGAGAUUGCAUCAGGGGGCCUCACAGUCUACACCUUUGUACAAUUCUUCGAUGCACUUUUGUGUGUCAGCACAGGGAUUCUUAUAGGGUCUGGGAUGCAGAAAUUUGCUGCCUGCAUCAACUUGGUGAGCUACUACUGCAUCGGCCUGCCAGUGGGAGUAGCUCUGAUGUUUUUUGCCAACUUGAGGAUAUUAGGCUUUUGGUUGGGUAUCAUUGUGUGUUCCUCCAUUCAGACGUGUUGCUUCAUUGGUCUGAUCUUUAAACUCAACUGGAAAAAAAUCACACACAAGGCUCAACAGCGAGUUGGGGUGAAAAUAGCAGUGACACCAAAAUGUUCUGCUGGUACAUCAUUGAAUGAAGCGAUGCUGCCGGUUGUCUCCGACUCCCCAGACACCGCCCAGCUGAACAGCGAUGGAACUUCUAAAACCAAUGUCUACAGCCCUGUCAACACCCAGGAUCAGGAGCGGAAAGUGGUUCAUGAGGCUGAGGGCAACAAUAUUAGCACAGAAGGCGCUGAGAGGGAUUCAGAGCAGAGCAAAAACACCAAACCUGAAAAGCUGCUCUCUACCAGUCAGCUGAUCUUGCGUCGGGGAUUCACCCUUUCGCUUGCAGUUCUUGCUUUGGUUGUAGGUAUUGCUUUCCACAUUGCUUUUCCACCCCCGGAGCCCAGAGCUCAAGGCUGGGCCAACUUCACCCAGAACUUCACCAGUGACUUCACCCCUACACCACUGAUUUUACUAAACCAAAACGUCUGAGUUAUCUCUGACCUCCUAAUGUAGACUUUUUGUGGCUGUUCUCACAAACAGCCAAUUUGUUCCUCGGGAGAGAAAUAUUUAAUUCCUCUGAAGUUGUACACCUUCUCAUAAACCUGGGCUAUUUUUUAUUUUAUUUUUUAAACCAACCAUUAGCAUGGCCUAAUGGUUUUAUUUUUUGCCGAGAAACAUGUCUCAGUGCUGCACUUUUCAGUAAAUGCACAGAAAGCAGGAUGAAAUAUCAAAUAAGACUGAAACCGGUUGGAUGAAGAAAGGUCUUGUUACAGAGAUAGUGUUUUCCCGCAGAUAGUUUGAUUGUACAAUGUAUUCUUGACUUGAUUUACAUAUUGCACUGCAUUGCUUACUGACCCUAAAUCAUUCACUUUUAACUUUAACUUCAGGAUUGACUGUAAAUAUCUGAUGUAAAAUUUACAUUUGUGCAUAUAAAUAUGUAAUAUACAGUGUAACUGUAUGGGCAGUUGGUACAUCAUUGCUGCAUUGUCUUCCUGUAAAACUGUCACUCUGUCUUGUUAUUCUUUAGGAUAGAGGUGAUUGAUAAAGAUAAGCUGCUUGUAUUAAUUUAAUGUACUGUAGUAGUGCACUAAUCAAUAAAAAUUACAUUUAAAGUG